GAAACUCCAUGUUUACAAUUACAAGCAUUCCUGUUGUUCCCCUAAUUCUGUUGGACCGCAGACACAGAAGGCUUGUUAUUUUUGAACGCUGGAAUUUUCCCCACAAACAACAAUCCUUCCGCUAAAUAGUAGCCGGAAUUCAUGGGAGGGAGGCGAUAAAACUGCCCUGUUUUAUUACUCUAAUUUGACAUCUUUCUCGCUUGUUCUUCGUUUUUUUGGAGAUUUUGAAGGAGAUAUGCAAGUACCCAGAUGGAGAAACCUCUUAAUUUUUAGGAGUUCCCUCUGUCAAUUUUCUCAUUCCGCUUCUUUUCAUUCAACUCCUGCGUCGCUCGAGAAGUGGAAGAAUAAAUGGAAGCCGGAUUUUGGGAGAGGUCAACAACCAUCGAAGAACUAUGUGAGAUAUGCAACACGUCAAAAACGUGCAGAUGCAAAGAAAGCUCUGAAGGAUCUUCUUUUCAAGAGUGGAUGCUCUAGAUUUUCAUUUCAGGAUGAUGGUCAAACAUGGAACACCAACAGAAGAAACAAAAACAGCUGCAGUGAAGGAGAAACUGAUUUUUCGCAUGGUUUUACUAAGCAGUCUCGAUCAAGGAAAUCUUCUGCAAAAGCUGCACCUUACCGUUCAUCACAUGCUCGAAAAGGUAAGCUAAGAAGGGACAGUUUCUCUGAUGACUUUGAUGAGCAUCCAGAAACAAUCUUUCAAGCAACAUUUGGUAGCAGAUGUUUUACUUGGUCUUUUAGACCUUGGGAUGAAUCCCAUUUCCAGUAUUCAACACCUGGAUUUGAGUGGAGAGACCAUGCAGACUGGACAAGAAAUAGGAGUGAAGAAUGGGAUACUACAAGUGAAACUGAUGAUGAUAAUGAGCCAUGUGUUAUAGGUUCAUAUUCUGAUAGAAAAAUACUUGGGUUGCCACCUACAGGCCCAUUAAAGAUUGAAGAUGUUAAAAGCGCUUUCCGCUUAUCAGCUUUAAAGUGGCACCCUGACAAGCAUCAAGGACCUUCACAGGUAAUGGCGGAGGAGAAAUUCAAACUCUGUGUUAAUGCAUACAAGUCAUUGUGUAAUGCUCUCUCCUCAGCAUAAACUGUUACUCUAACUCCCAAAAUAAACUUACUUUCCAUUAGAUCUGCAUUCUGAAAUGUUGUAUGAUUCAAUUCAUUCUUUUAGUUAUAUUUUCUUUUUAAAUUUAUACUCAUUUUCAUUUUUCAUAAAUUAAGUCCAACCUCUUUGGUGGUUGGGCCGUCUGGAUAAACCUUACCUUUUUUAUUAAUCUAGAAGGCCCUUUUGUUUACGGGCCUUCAUUUGAUAAGCAAUAACUGAGAUCCUAACUCUUGGUUUGAGGUAACAAUUGUUUGGUUGAUACUUUUAACAAGGAAUUACAAUGUGGGCUUUCUUCUACAAUUGAAAA